AUGUCUUCCAUCGAGGACCUAGCAUCAUCCAUUACAGAGCAAGUCUCGAGGCUCUCUUCCCUUCUUCAAGAAGCGGGCUUGCCAUCCCCAACGUUAGACGAGUCAGGCUCUAGUGAUUUCACCCAUGAGACAGACACUCCAGCGGGAAGGUCUUUACGAGAAGCGCGCCAUAGAAUAAUGGAUUCAGCUAAAGACCUCGUACGAUUGGUACAAGGUCCUACUGAACAUCUUCUGACGUUAACGUGGGCGUAUGCGGAUGCGGUAAAUAUAAACCUAAUUGCGGAAUUACGAAUCCACGAACAUGUACCCCUAGGCUCCUCUAUAUCAAUCCAGGAACUCGCUGCCGCCGUACGUAUUCCCGAACAGUUGUUGGCUCGGAUAGUACGAUAUGGCAUCGCCAAUGGUGUGUUUGUUGAGGAGCGGUCUAAUGUCAUCCGACACUCUGCAUCAUCGGCCUUGCUAGUGCAGAACCCGCACUUGCCUGAUAUUAUACGCUUCGCAGCCGGAUUCCUAGGGAAUAUCGUGAAGAAAAUACCGGAAGCAGUUCUGCUGAAGCGUGAUGAUCCAGCUCAUGCGCCCGAUAGUGCGUUCAACCUGGCAUACGGGACUGAUGAGUCGUUAUUUAGCUACCUUCAUAGAAAUGAGGCCGUGACUAAGGAAUACCACGAUUACUUGACGGGAAGAACACACACACCUAUGUGGUCUAUUGAUCGGCUACGUGCGGCGUGGCCGUGGGGGUCCUUGGGGAAGGUUAAAGUCGUUGAUGUUGGCGGCUCCAACGGCCACACAGUCCUGGCAUUAGCACCACUGAUGCCGGACGCAACAUUCGUUGUCCAGGAUAGUAAUCUCGGCGCGCUAGAGAUGGGGCGACGUGCCGUUGCCGAAGAUUCGUCUCUGGAAUCUCGAAUCAGUUUUGAAGAGUAUAACUUCUUCGAACCACAACCGGUUCAAGCCGAAAUUUAUAUCUUCCGCCAUAUUCUACACGAUUGGGAUGAUGAGGAUGCUGUAAAAAUCUUAUCGUCGCUGCUCCCUGCCCUGAGACCGGGAGCCAAGGUCUUUAUUAGCGAAGGCAUUCCCCCAGAGCCACCUGCAAAACGAUUAAAUACAUUACCAAGUAAAAUGGCCCGGUUGGAAGAUGUGCUUAUGCUAGGAGUGCAUAACUCGCGUGAACGCACCGUCUCCGAAUUUGAGUCACUGUUACAUCGAGUCACUCCUGGGGGGUUUCGGCUCGCGGGCGUCACGUCCGGUGCCGAAGUAGGGGCUUUCCAAUCAUUGCUGGAAUUUGAAUUCGUUGGGUUGGCAAACUAG